AUGAGAGUCGAAGAGUUGGUAUUAGAUGGAUUCAAAUCCUAUGCUGUUAGAACAGUUAUCUCAUCCUGGGAUCCCCAGUUUAACGCGAUCACUGGUUUAAACGGAUCAGGAAAGUCCAAUAUUUUGGACGCAAUUUGCUUCGUUCUUGGGAUUUCAAGCAUGUCUACUGUUAGGGCCACAAAUCUACAAGAUCUAAUAUACAAGCGAGGACAGGCAGGAAUCACAAAAGCAUCUGUGACAAUCACCUUUGAUAACGCUGAUAAGACAAAGUCACCUAUUGGUUUCGAACAAUAUCCCAAGAUCAGCAUAUCCAGGCAGGUUUUGUUGGGAGGGGCCUCAAAAUAUCUCAUUAAUGGACACAAAGUUCAACAGUCUCAGAUACUAAACUUGUUUCAAUCGGUGCAAUUAAAUAUCAACAACCCUAAUUUUUUGAUCAUGCAAGGUAAAAUCACAAAAAUGCUGAAUAUGAAGCCUACUGAAAUUCUUGGGUUGAUCGAAGAGGCUGCCGGGACUAAGAUGUACGAGGGGCAACGUGAAAAGGCAGAGCGGAUUAUGGCUAAAAAAAAUAUCAAAUUGAAAACUACGGAGAGCCUUCUAGUCGAGGAAGUCGAGCCUAAACUUCGCCAACUACGUGAACAAAAGCGCAUUGUCAUGGAAUUCCAAGACAUUCUUAUUGAAUUGGAAACGCUAUCUAAAGCUGUUGCAGCUCAUGACUAUAGAUCGCUUUACCAAAAACAACAAGAACAAGAGAGUCAAGUUAAUUCAGACUGCGCGAAGCUGAACAGUCUCAAAUCCAAGAAAAAUGUUUUGGAAAAUGAGAUACAUACUCUCGAAAAUGAUCUGGUUGUCACGCGUACAAAGAAACAAAAUGAAAUAGGAAGAGGAAGGAAUUUGAAGGAGUUGGAGCAAACUGAAACAGAUCUCACUAAUCAGAUGACUCGUACAGUCACUUCAAAAGAUCUCAAGAUACAGAUUCUUGAGCAAGAGACCUCUAAACUGGAUAAAUUAAGACGACGUCAAGCAGAGUGCCCCACAGAUUUGCAACCUGAGCUACAGAGUUUUGAAGCUGCCGAACAAGAAUAUAUCAGCCGAAAGGUUAUCCUUGAAAAAUUAGAAUGUGAGCUUCGUCAAAGAGAGGAGUUACUGUCAAGUCUAUCAACAGGUUUCUCGUCGAAGGGUUCUUCUGAAGGUGGCUAUUUAUCCCAAUUACAGGAAUCUAAACAGAGACUGUCUGCCAUCAAUGUUGAAAUUGAAAAAUACAAGUUGAAAAAGAAGCAUCUCAACGACGAUUUGGAAUCCAAAAAACACAAGAUUGUAGCAGCUAAGAACGACAUAACUGUGCUCGAGAAGAAAUUGGAAUCCAAAAUUGAAAGGUGCUCGGCUCUGUCUCAAAUUAUAUCGAGUGCAGGUUUCGACUCUGAGACCCUCAAAUCUUUGAAAAAUGAAGAACGAGUGACACAUCAGAAGCUCAACGACUUGCGUAAAUCGAUAUCGAAGCUUUUUCAAAGAUACCCAGGAAUAAGUUUUGAAUACGAUAUGUCAGGAACGAAGUUGGAUAAGGACUCUGUGAAAGGACUUGUUGGAGAACUUUUUUUGGUACCCGAAGCUAAUAGCAAGUAUUCAACUGCUCUAGAGGUAUGUGCUGGCGGAAAGCUUUACAAUGUUGUUGUCGAUACAGAGAAGUCGGGAUCCGAGUUGCUUGAAAACGGCAACUUGAAGAAACGGGUGACGAUUAUCCCUCUCAACAAAAUAACCGCGCAAUCACUUUCGAGUGGGCGUCUUGAGGCCGCCAAAGAGCUUGCUCCUGGAAAAGUGGAACUCGCUCUGCAUACGUUGGAAUAUCCACAUGAAUUCACGAAGGCGAUGGAGUUCAUUUUUGGGAAUCGACUUCUUUGUGAAGAUCCUGAGACUGCGAAAAAAGUGACUUUCAACCCCAACGUCAGAACUGGUUCGAUCACCUUGGAGGGUGACUUUUAUGAUCCAGAAGGACGUCUAUCAGGAGGCUCCAAACAAAAUUCCAGCUCUCUACUAGCAGCAUUCGAGCAGUUGAGACAGCUCAAAAAUCAGGAAUCACACAUUUUGGGAAGGUUAAAACAAAUUCAAGCUGAAAUCACAAAUCAAGAGAGUCUAAGCAAGGAAACACGAGCUGUUCAGCAGGAGUUGAGCACCGAGACCUACCAGCGAGACAUAUUGGUCAGUCAAUUAAAAGACUGUGAAUCUGCCAAACUGCUCGAAAAAAUUCGAGCACACCAACUAGAAGCAGACUCUCUACAAGAAAUGAUUGAGAAGUCCCUUGAGGAAGGCAGGGAUGUUCAGCAAGAGAUUUAUCGUUUGAAAAAAGAUCUCCAAGAUUUUGAUAGCGACGGAGAGUCUAAAUUGGCAGAUUUGAGACAUGAAAUUGAAGAAUUAAGAGUUCGUAUACCGGAAGAACAGAAAGCGGUGAAGACAGCCCACAAAUCAUUACAAGUCUUGCAAAUCGAGAGAGAGGAGAAACAAAAUGAUUUGAGUGGUCUCCAAGAGCAAAUCGGAGAAGCCGAAAAUUUGAUCCAAAACUUAAAGCACCAACUAAGAGAGUUAGACAGCGAAUGUCUGCAAUUGAAAACGAGAAUUUCCGAAGUCAAAAUAGCUUGUGAGAAAGAAAAAUCGGCAAUUCUGGGAAUUAAUGAUGAAUUACAGGAAAUGACUCAAACGCUGAAUUUGAAGCGUCAGGAAUUAAAUGAUUUAGAUGUUGCUUUAGGAAAACAAUCGGAUAAAUCGACCAAGAGUGAAGCUCAACUCAAUCUUAUCCAAGAGAGCGUGCGCAAGAUCAUAGAGAAUCAAGAAUGGGUCACUGACGAGAAGCUUUUGAACCAGGUUCUAGAACAAUACCCUAACAUCAAUGUUGAACACUGUCACAAAAGAAUUGAUCAGCUGAAAACUCGCUCGUCUUCGAUGAGAAAAAAAGGAGUCAACAAUAACAUAAUGGCUCAGAUAGAGCAACACGAAAAGCAUGAGCUGUCUCUCAAAACCAAGAUAAGACAAAUCAACAAAGACAAGGCCAAAAUUGAAGACACAGUGAGAAAACUCGACGACUAUAAGAGAACAGAGCUGCUCAAAACUUACAAUAAGGUUUCGAAAGAUUUCGGUCAAAUUUUUGCGGAUUUGCUUCCACAGGCCUACGCCAAAUUAGUUCUAACUGACCAAAAAGAUGUGACAAAAGGAUUGGAGGUUCGUGUGAAAUUAGGAAAUGUUUGGAAAGAAUCGUUAGUCGAGCUUUCAGGAGGCCAGAGAUCUUUGGUUGCCUUAUCUCUGAUCAUGUCACUUCUGCAAUUCAAACCUGCCCCAAUGUAUAUCCUAGAUGAAGUCGACGCUGCUCUUGAUUUGAGCCAUACUCAAAACAUUGGUCAUUUGAUCAAAACGAGAUUCAAAGGGUCCCAAUUUAUUGUGGUUUCUUUAAAGGAGGGAAUGUUUACGAAUGCAAACAGACUGUUCAAGGUUAGAUUUCAAGAGGGUACAUCUGUUGUGACAGCAUCAUAA